CGCCGUGCUCGCGAACGCGCCGUGCUCGGGCGCUCCUUCUCGUGCGCGGUUAACGGUAUCGAACGCGAUGAGCUGAAGAGGAUCGCACAUCGCGGGACAUAUCGCGAAGGGAUGUCGCCAGGGCGAUGCACCGCGGCCUCGCGGGUCCUCCUCUUACUGCUCGUCGUCUCCGCUCGGCCAGAAGAAACGAUUCGAUCAUGGGACAAACUCUCGCAACUGAUACCAACGAAUUCGGUGUACGAGAAACAAGAUCGAAAUGCUGCAUCCCCAUCGAGCAACGAGGCUGAUGCAUCGUUGGGACAUUCGCCGGACGAGAACAACGUGAUGGACACGUCGAAGGGAGGAGGAGACGACGAAGAGAAGGAGGAGGAACCUAAGCUAACGUACGACGCUGAGGAAUACGAAGAUAAGCGAGGAAAAGAGGAAGAAGAGAAGGAAGAUCCUUCGGUUGGCGCAGCAAGGAGAGAGAAAUCUCCGAUGAAAGAAGCUAACAUGUCCAAUACUGAGGCGGAAGACAAUUCCAGGGACGAAGAUUAUUUCGAAGACCCCUCGACAAAUCAGUAUGACAAUACGUAUUAUUAUUACGAUGAGUACGAGAACGAAAAUCGUUCCAGAUACGAGGCCGUAGAUGGAGAAAACCUCGAUUAUCCAGACGCAGAGUCCGAAGAGGAAGACGCUACGGGUCAGAAGGAUUCUGCAAAGAGAGACGAGGAUAUCCCUCACCGACCGUCAUCGACCGCGUCGUCGCGCGAGAAGGAAGACGGCGAUUUGGAACAAGGCUCGUCUAUGGAGGGCAGCGACAAGAGUUUUGCUUUUCUCGAUGCCGAGGAGGAGGUGGAAAAGCGGCUCAACAACAACACCUCCUUUGACAGUUCCAUCUUGAUAGGUGAAGCUGUAGUUUCCGUCGUAACCACGAAGAGCGUGGUGAACGGUACGAUAUCGGUGCCGACGACGUCCUCGCCGCGCACCACCGAACAAGUCGCGCCGCCACCGUCGUCGGAACAACCCUUAACUCCGGAGGUAACCACGGAGGACUCGUCGAGGAUCCUCGCUUCCGUGCAAACCAGCCGCAGCGUAUCGGGCGCGCGCUUCUUGCCGUUUCCCGCUGUGAUGGAUCGUGUGGAGCAGCAGGGCGGAUCGCCCGACGGUAAGAAGACGUCUCAAUCUCCGUCCGAGUCCACGGAGAGUAUCAUCGAUAAGCUCGACUGGGCACAGUCGAAGCUUUCCGGCGAUCUCGUGCCGGCUGCUAUACUCGGCGGGGGUUUCCGGAGCAACACGCUUCAGUUGGACGUACUGGCUGAAAGAGAGCGCACGACUCGCGCGAAAUUUACCGCCACCACAGCGAAAACGCAGAUCACCCCGGGGAAAUUUGUACCGCGACGUUACGGCGACAAAAGACUGAAUCACACCACGGCGAAGCCACGGCUGGAGACCACGCUCGACAAUCUGGAAGGCUUGCUGCCUCGGGAUUACGUGUCGAGAGGGACUACACCGGCCUCUCCCAGAAUCAAUUUCAGGUGGCCUUCCUCGCGGCAGACGGAAGCACCAACGACACCGUCGACGACAAAAUCGACGGUUGCCGUCCAAGACAUUAGCGCGUUUUUACCGGCGGGAUACAAGCUGAAGAAAGAGGAUACAGCUGAGAGUUCUGUCUUGAGCGACAUUCUCGCCAAGGUCGACAUUUCGUCUCUCUUGCCAGCCAAUUACGGCAAGCGGAAGAUCGAGGGAGACUCCAAGCUGGAGAGUACCACAUUGACGACGACAACGGCGAAAAGUAGCACUUCCUCGGAGAAAAUUGCCUUGUCCAUCCAAGAUCUUUUCGCGUCUUCCAAAGUCGACCUCUCCGCCUUGUUGCCCAAGGAUUACGGUGAAAAGAAGAAGGAGCCGGAUGGCAAGCGCGACGGUGAGCGAAAUACGACGGAACGGACAGACUCGCCUACCACGAAGAAAACCAGUGGCUUGAAAAUUGUAUUCCCUAGCAGACCGGGCGGUCGUAAACCGAUCCACAAAAUAACCACCCCGCAAGCUCCGCGUGGAGAUGGUCCAGGCACAGUGACGCCUAAAAUACAGAAGGGAUGGCCGACUAGAGCUACCACAGAGUUCACCGGGUGGCCGACACCAUCCACCACACCGAUCUCGAUCGAAAAGUUGCUGGAAGCUGCGCGAACAGCUACGGUAGCGUCCGUGAACGUGUCGCUCAUUCCCAGUACGAACGAGAUCUCGAGCACAUCGUCAACGUCGACGACAACGACCACACCGAGACCGACGACACCCGGUGUCUGCGACGAGGAAUGCGAAGUCGCGGGCACGAUUCGCAUCAUCGGGAACGCCACGUGGCUGCCGGAGCUGUUUGAUCGAAAUACUCGCGAGUGGCAAGAGCUCGCGAGCCAAGUGGAACGAGAGAUGAACUUUAUAUUCUCGAAAUCGACCGUUCUAACGAAAUGGUACAAAAAUAUAAGGAUCGAUUCCUUCAGUCAAGGUAGCAUCCUGGUAGACUACUUUGUCGAACUGGCCGACUUACAGCAACGAGUUAACACGCAAGAGUUGAAAGUUAUUUUCCACGAUUCGCUCAGAACGUACAAUAGCAAUCGGUGGAACGAGACUAGCACAAAGGGCGCGUUACGGAUGGGAAUUUUUACCAUCGAUCCUAAAUACACAGACUUCGUAGUGAUACCCAAAUUGAGCACGCCACAAUAUAUUGAGAAAGACGAUAGGCUGAUACCUCAGUGGGCCAUUGCGGUAAUAGUGAUAGGUGUUGGAGGUUUAUUGUUCAUCAUCGUGUUCGGUGUGUCUGUGCUCGUCAAUAGACAAAACGGCGCAAAACUGAAGCCAGCCAUGUCUACGAUUUACGAGGAGGAAGUGGUGAAACACACAUCCAGUCACCGAUCGAACGACUACUCGAAACCAGUACACACGAUAUGGACCGAUCCCGACGUUUCUUGGAACGACAAGUCCUUCGAGUCUACGUCUAAUAAGAUUCUGGUUGAUAAACCUUUCCAGGACAAUAAGAAGUAUAAUUUGUACGAUAGUUGGCGAUCCGAGUGGAAUGGUUAUUAUUACAAUCCAUCGCACACCAGCAGCAAAUACGGUGGUUACGACAGUACUACAAACUUGUCGAGCCGUCACCAUCCCGAUUACGACACCAAUUUCUAAAUUUCACGGCAAUAAAACAGCAAUUUCUCCUA